GCAGCGAAUGGCCAUGGCACGGGCACAGCCGAGGGCAUUCGAAGGCGGCGCUCCGGGGGAAGGGGAACGUGUUGUGUCGUCGCAGGGAGGCGCAGAAGGCGGCCGGAACGAAACUCACUGUUCGCUCUUUUCCUGCCCUCCUCAUCUCAUUUCCGGUGGGGAGGCAGAGUCCGUAAUACAAUGGCUCGCCGCGGUGGUUGUUGUAUGUACUUCAAUCUCAUCAUGGCUGUGAUUGGCACCUUGGGAGGAUGGUCAGCCUUUGUCGUUUUCUUCUUUCACUUCACAAACCACCAAGCAGGCAUUUGGGCAUUUGUGUCAGGAACAUAUGCAGCAAUGACGUUGUUCAUUCACAUUCUCUACAAGCGCCACACCUUGGAGACUUGGUACACUCCCGAAAACUUAAUUCAGAUACGCCUGCUUGGUCUUCUUGGGCUCCUGGCUGGUCUCGGAGCAUUUGGGGCUUAUGUGGGCAUUGCCAUCUCCAGUCAUGAAGACAUGCCAUCAAUGACAAACAUUGCAACUAGCCAUUACUUCAUGGCAAUAUGGGCCUUCCUUUCCCUUAAGUGGGGUGCAUCUCUCAUGGGUUUCUCACAUGUCUAUCGCAAGAGGCUGCUGGAGGAGUACCACCCUCUCUUGGCCUGAGGGGGAACCGGGACUCAUCUGUUGGUUUAAGUAAUGAUUUAUGAAUAAAAUGGUUUUAUUUUGUCAUUAAGGAUUUUUACAGUAAAGAAGAUGCAUGAGAUUUAUUUUGUCUAUACUAUGAUUAUAUGAAAUUAAUUAGCUUUAAUGGAAAGCUUUUGAAAAAACAGUUUUAAUUAGUAUAAUUAAUUCAGCAGCUGUUAAGAUGGGUUUUGGUAUUUUACCAAUAUUUGUGAUUUCUUACUUUUAAGGGAGCUUUUUUGCUCCAACUAAAUCAGGCAUCAGACUUUUCACUGUUGAUACGCAGAUUGCCCAUUUAUUUAGUAGUUCAUUGGAAAAUUGCUCUUGUUGAAAGGCUAGGCAUCAAUGAUUUGGGGACUCUUUGUGUCAGGAAAUUCAGUCAAAAUUCUCCUCGCCUUAACUUUUAGAUGCAGUAAUGCAAUAUUGACAACCUUAGCCAUAAAUUUACUCCAGUAUUUGUUCUUCAUCUUUUUUUUUCCUUUUUUUUAAUGACAUAAAGUGAACACAGUGAUAUUUGUUUGAUUCCAUGCAACAAAAUGCCUACACUUGUUGACUUUAAAAUAUGAGUGUAUAUUUAUUGUUUACGUCUAUAAUGUGCCUAAUGCUUUUCUUACAGACAGCAUUAUUGAGACAAAAUGCACAGCAAAGGCUUGGAUGUAUUUAUACAAUUUUAUUUAUUGAAAAAACUGUGCAUAUGUAGUGUUCUUUGCAUGAUUAUAUUGAAGAAUGUACAUUUGAAAAAGUAUUCCUUUUUUAUACAUGCCACAUUGUUGUUGUCAGUUGAAAACUUGCAGAGAUAAUAUUUUUUCCUCUUGGUUUUAGAAUUUUGUAUCAUUAUCAAAGAUUCAAGAUGUUCAAAUUACAAAAGAAUACAGAUUCAAGGAAAUUGUGAUUUAAUUUGAAAUUAAGUGAUUAAAGCACAUUUAAUCAGUGAGAAGGAAAAGCCAGUGGUUUCAGUGGCAGUAAACAUGAUGGAAGAGAGUUAGAAUUAUGUUCAUGGAAGAUUACCAAACCUUAUUUAAAAUGUUUAACUAUAAUACAUUAUGCUUCUGUUUUGUAUCUUGCAUUAUUAUUUUUUAUUGUUUCUGCUAUUAUUCUAAUGGCUGUUGUAUUUAAAUGAAACUGGCAACACCUAAUGGCACUACAAAGACAUUUAUGUGAAAAGAAAUGAAAAUUAUAAGAUUAAAUUUACUAUCUACUAAAAAGUUCACUGCUUCUUCAGGGGAAUGCUAAUAUGAUUCAGUAUUUUCAUGGUUAAUGAUAAUUGUAACCUCGUGGAUGUUAUGAUUUGUUCAUAAAUUGAUAAUUGAGAAGCAAUUGAGAUGUCACUUGGAUAGACCAGUUGGUGCUCCUUUUGUGGUUGUGUAAUUGUAGUGUUUAGUGAAAGGUCUAACCUAUUGAUCAUGGGAUUAUGUUCUGUCCACUGCAGUUUUUAAUUUGUUUUGUUGCAUAGAGAUGGCUCUACCAGUGCUCAGCCAUCAAGAAAUCAAUUGGUAGACCCAAGUGAUCAUGCCUGAUUUUCCCAUUCCUUGAAUUUGUGGAAUUUUUCCUUCUUCAUCUUCACCUUCAAUCUUUCCAAAAUUCAAGAAAAAGGGUAAACCUGUGAGAUAGGUAGGACUAAUAAUUGAUUCCUUGAUGACUAUACACUUGUAGACCCAUUUGUGUUAACACAAGUAACCUAUAUAAGCAGGGUCCUGAAUCUUUCACUGUUUGCCCAGUCCAGGCAGAUUUGCUAAGGCCUAACAUACACUGUGCUGGGAUGCCAGCCCAGCACAAGUUAGCUUAGCUCACUCAGCGCAGCCAUUUCCAAGUCAGUCUGACCAUGAAUUUUACACAGCUCCAACUUUGAGUUGAUGUAAAGUGACUUUUCUUAUCAGUAUAUUUUUAUGUUCAUCUUGUAAUUCAGAAUUCAUACUCUUGAAAAUCAUGUUUCUUUGAAAGAGGUAGACAUCAAUUAUGGCUUUAUGUCUGGUCAAGAAUGAUGCUUUCAGACAAUGAAAUGGGGAGAGGAAACUUUUCUCUCUCUCUCUCUCUCUCUCUCUCUCUCUCUCUCUCUCUCUCUCUCUCUCUCUCUCUCUCUCUCUCUCUCUCUCUCUCUCUCUCUCUCUCUCUCUCACACCCAAAUGUUACUGCUACUGGAGGUGAUGAGAGCCUAUUGCUACAUGAAGUGGUGAUAGCCUGCUGCUGUCAUAGGUGGUGAAUAGCCUGCUGCCAGAGUUGCCGGUGAUGCCACACGUUGAAACAAUCCAAUGCGCAGAGAGAGAGACGUUACACCAAACAUACCUGUGGUGCAUUUUCUUCCUGGCAUUUCCGCUCAUGUGGCAGUAACUGCACCAGCAGUACUUGUGUCCUGGAUUGAACACCAGUACUGUUGCAGGGAGCAUCUGGCAGUAGCCUUCUUCCAUAGGCCAGAGGUUGAUGAACAAGGUCGGCCAACUGCUCAUGACCAAACUUGAGUUAAGAGUGUCCUACCAAACACCCUGUAGACCACAUAGGUAUUCACCCCUGCUUAAUCAAGAAUAUGGUAAAAGAGAUCCGGAUACCACAAUGCUAACUGGUCCAAUAAGUUGGUUCCCUUCAUUCCCAUGUUGUAGUCGAGGGCGACCUGGGGCUUUCUCCGGGCUUAACAAAAGCAGUCAAUUCAAUUGUGAUCUUCCCUAGACAUGGGAAGAUGAAGAAAUUAGUCGUUUCCUGGACCAGUAGUACUGCGAAUGGUGUUGUGGCUGCAGGUCCAUGAGCAGCCAGAGGCCAAUAAGCAACUGCAGUUCUUCCACAGUUGUGUUCUCUCAAGCUUUCAUGUGCAAAGCAAGGUGUUUGGCCUCUGCUCCACAUGUUAACUGGUUUCCUUUGCCAUUGUGUCCCACAGCUUCGGCAUCAGGAAGGCAUUAAGAGUCUCCCAUGCAGCCAGCCUUGACCCCAAGGUUUGUCUUGAACUCAUGAUAGCAAAUGGAAUGAUCCUUCCUCUUUCAAACGAAGUCUGAAGUCCCUGGAGUAUUCUAGUUGGUUAGACAAUGUUCCAUGGCUGAGAGCGGCAUGUCAGAGUCGAUGAACUUGUCGUGGGCUGAUAUAUAGUCCAACUACUCCUGAUGUUACAUCAACAUCAUCAUCUCCAAAAUUGGCAUCAUCAUCAUCUCCAAAAUUGGCAUCAUCAUCAUCUCCAAAAUUGGAAAGGUCAGCAUAACAUCCAGAGUCGUCAGGUGUGGCUAAGGAGUUGAGAGCAUCACCUCUCCUUGACCAGACUUGGUCUCAAAGAGAUAAAGGUGAGACUUUGGACCAUUCCUCAGCCAUCUCAGGCCUUCUCCCAAGAUAGAUGAUCUGGGACCAUCAAGGUCAGAAUCGAGAUUCCUCAGCCAUCUCAGGCCUUCUCCCAAGAUAGAUGAUCUGGGAUCAUUAAGGUCAGAAUCGAGAUUCCUCAGGACAGCUGAGUACCUUUGGAAGAAAAAUGCAAUAUUAGAAUUUAAAAAUAUUAAAAAAAAAAAAACAUGUACAAUUCACCAAAAGAACACAUUCCUUUUCGUCAGUUUUCUUACCUUGAAGAGCGGCAGCGAUGGGUUCAGAGUGAGCAUGACAUUGUUAGCAAUAAUGGCCGCAUCUUAAUGUGAACACCAAGGGUGGGAGGAUGGUUGCAAAAUUGAAAUAAGUAAAAAUAGAAAAAGUUACCUCUUGUCAGUUACGGUAGCGGGGGAAGGGAGGAGGGAAAUGUAUCUUGAUCUGAACACAGAAUGAAAUUCCACCAAUGGCAACAUCUGCCCUGUCCUGAGGCCAUUGAAGUGACCAUCGGUUUAAAGUGAUGCCCAAAAAAUACUGUACUCAUUAGCCAUCAACAUAGGCUGACAACCAUCAAAUAAGGGUUAAUAAACUAAAAUUACAGUGGACAUGUCAUGUGUGCCAUGCCAUUGGCAGUCAUUGGGUUAGUGAUUUCUUUUGCUCAUAGGCUUUGUUUAGUAUUCAGGUACUGUCUAGCAGGGAAGAGAUUUGUUAUGAAUGGAUUUAGGUAAUGCUAUAUCAUUAUUUAUGAAUAAGUGUAGUAAGAGAUGUUUUACAAAGAAAUCUCAUCCUUUACUUCAUAUUUCCAUUGUUAAUAUGCUUAAAUACUCUGAAAAAUGUAUACAUUUCCAUAUCUUGCAGUUAAUAGUUUUAACACUACACCUGCAUGGGUUCCACUUUGUAUGGGUAAUGUACAAAGAAUUUAUACUGUAACUAGUGUGUAAAUCUUUUUCUACUUCAGUGUUAGUAAUGCUUUUUUCUCUUUUUAUUCCUGUAUAAUUCAAAUGUUUAAAAAUGUUUUUGUUGUAGUUUUUAUCACCAAUUUACAAAGUACCAUGCUGAGACGGACGUGAUCUGCAGUUCAAUUUCAACCAAGAUUUUUAGCUAAGCUUUAUUGCUGGCAUUAUCACAGCAGAAUAUAAAGGGUUUGUUUAUUUGCUUGACUCUUAGCUAACAAUUUGAUUCAAGGAAAUGGCCUUCAUGCUUGUUCUCUGUGAAUUUGAAGAUAUGAAUGCAACCACUACUUGCAUGAAUUUUGCUUCAAAGAUUGAUUCUCUUCUGUGAUUUUUAGAUUAUAUGAUAGUGUAUAUUAAGUAAUAAAGAUUAUAUACCAUA